GUAGAUACAGUAUGCUACAUGGUAGAUACAGUAUGUUACAAUACAGUAUGUUACAUGGUAGAUACAGUAUGUUACAUGGUAGAUACAGUAUGUUACAUGGUAGAUACAGUAUGUUACAAUACAGUAUGUUACAUGGUAGAUACAGUAUGUUACAUGGUAGAUACAGUAUGCUACAUGGUAGAUACAGUAUCUGACAUGGUAGAUACAGUAUGUUACAAUACAGUAUGUUACAUGGUAGAUACAGUAUGUUACAAUACAGUAUGUUACAUGGUAGAUACAGUAUGUUACAUGGUAGAUACAGUAUGCUACAUGGUAGAUACAGUAUCUGACAUGGUAGAUACAGUAUGUUACAAUACAGUAUGUUACAUUGUAGAUACAGUAUGUUACAAUACAGUAUGUUACAUGGUAGAUACAGUAUGUUACAUGGUAGAUACAGUAUGUUACAUGGUAGAUACAGUAUGUUACAAUACAGUAUGUUACAAUACAGUAUGUUACAUGGUAGAUACAGUAUGUUACAUGGUAGAUACAGUAUGUUACAAUACAGUAUGUUACGUGGUAGAUACAGUAUGUUACAAUACAGUAUGUUACAUGGUAGAAACAGUAUGUUACAUGGUAGAUACAGUAUGUUACAUGGUAGAUACAGCAUGUUACAAUACAGUAUGUUACAUGGUAGAUACAGUAUGUUACAAUACAGUAUGUUACAAUACAGUAUGUUACAUGGUAGAUACAGUAUGUUACAUGGUAGAUACAGUAUGUUACAUGGUAGAUACCGUAUGUUACAAUACAGUAUGUUACAAUACAGUAUGUUACAUGGUAGAUACAGUAUGUUACAUGGUAGAUACAGUUUGUUACAUGGUAGAUACAGUUUGUUACAUGGUAGAUACAGUAUGUUACAAUACAGUAUGUUACAAUACAGUAUGUUACAAUACAGUAUGUUACAUGGUAGAUACAGUAUGUUACAUGGUAGAUACAAUAUGUUACAAUACAGUAUGUUACAAUACAGUAUGUUACAUGGUAGAUACAGUAUGUUACAUGGUAGAUACAGUAUGUUACAUGGUAGAUACAGUAUGUUACAUGGUAGAUGCAGUUUGGUUGCUCCUUUAGCUUCUAUCCAAUAACAAACUACUUCCUGCUUAUUCAGUUUACCUUGUCAAACACAUGAUAUAACCAAGAUAAUGAAAAUAAAACAAAAUAUAUACAA